GCCUCCUCCUAAACCUUUACUUUCGCAGAUCUGUACCGUACUAUAGCAUCUGACUAGGAAUCCAAUACUCUUGGAUCCUCAUCGUCAAGUCCUUCUUUCUCUGCUAUACUACCAGUUUCAACCUCUUAGGCUCGGAGUCCAUUAAUUCCACAUACGUUAAAAAUCUUUUUAAAAAUCCUACACUGAGCUUUUACAAACCUUACCACUCCUGCUUUUCCCCAAACCAUACGAGCCGGACUUCUUCUUUUCCCUCACACAACUGCCAUGACCAGAAAAUCCGGGGGUGAUACGCAGUACGAUAGCGAACUCGAAGAAGCUGCAGACUAUGAAGAUGGAGAUCAAGGCGACAACGAACAAGAGCAAGUAACAGAGGCCCACCAUCAACUACUCAAACACCUGGUAGAUGGCACACUUCACGAGAUACCCUCACUAGAACUUGGGAACCAGCACACUGGGAAGGGUAAUAUGACUAUCUUACACCUCCUUUUAUCAGACCAACAAUAUCGCAGAUUGUCAUCUUCCAAGAUUCGUCGCUUCUUAGACCAACUCCUAAACGCAGACUCGAAAAGAGUCAAAGAAUUCCUAUCAUCAAGAGACAUAAAUGGUCAGACAGCACUAGCUCUUGCAGUAUCAGGGAGCGUAAGGGGUAUUCAAGUUCUCUCCUACCUUCUUCAGCGUAAAGAAGCUUUGGAAGCAGCCGAGGUGCAAUCCGAUUCAGGUUGGAACUGUUUGCAUGAACUAUCUUCAAGAGGGAGUUCAAAAAACCCCCAAUACAUCCAAAACAUUGAGGAUUGCAUCAAACUAAUCUUAUCCAGCAAGUCAAAAAAACUCAUAACAGGCCAGAAUAAACUCGGAGAGACACCCCUACAUCUCGCUGUCAAAUAUAAACGUCAGGCCAAUCCAGACUGGCAGCUUAAGUUGACUUCACAACUUAUCGAUGCCUGUCCUGAAUUGCUGAAAAUUGUCAACAAAAAUAGCCGAUCACCUUACCAAUACCGGCUCGAUACUCUGAGGGCGAUUGAAACGAAUACGAGUUCCAAUAACGACGACAUAGCAAGAUUUAUGAGAAACUGCUAUAUGCACUUUGAGGACCGUGGCGAGGCAGUUAAGUAUUUGUAUGGAAAGGAAGAUGAAGAACUUUCGAUGGAGAUUGACCUUUCUGAGCAUUCUAUCUACACAUUCUCACGUGACUCUCUUACAAGCCUCAGCCAGCACUGGAAGUUUGAAAACAUUCUCCGAUAUGUCUAUUUUCCAAAGGUCAAUUUCAAGAAUUCUUCAACAGAUAGCUAUCCUGUAAAGGAUAUCUCGAAAAAACAGGGUCAGAGCCAACACUACAACUCUAAUGAUGAAGGUAUUGGACGCAAAGACCUGCAAGCCAUGUUCGAUUGGCUACGAAAUAAUCGUGGGGUAAAAAAAAUUAUCAAAGUCCGAGUCAUAGACAACGAGGACCCGCCACACAGUGACGAAAUCAUCGAAGAAUCUCUUAAAAAUUUUGAUGUUGAAGUUUUAGAUUGGUUCAAGUUUGACCUCUGCAGCGAAACAAUUCUCAAGGCAGCCCCAGAUGUGCAAGAAGUGCACCUAUACUCAAGCGGAAACAACGCCGUUCUUCAUGCCUGGUCCGGCUGCGAUGGGCUCAAGAAGCUCAGUAAGUUGAAAAAAGUCUAUAUAGAUAUAUACCAGCGGCUGGAGACAUACCACAGAACCCAAACGAUUCUUGACGCCUUCAAAGAUAGGCUCAAGGCUCAUAUUGAUGGCAUAGUGAUUGAGGAGAGGAUAGAAAAAUAUUCUGCCUCUAGGGGUAAUGGACUGGCAGGCACAAAUAGUGUAGUAGAAGGUGGUUCCGCACAGCAAACACAUACAUGGAUAAAACAUAUGGAUACUUUUGUUAAUUUCAUAGUCAACAUUCCUGCCGAUAAAGAAAGGAAAAUCAGGGUAGCCUUGAUUGAUAAUGGUGUGGACGGAUCAUAUUCGCGAUUAGGUCAAAUAAUUAAGCUUGGUACAUCUUAUUGCAGCCAUCCACACCACCAGGGUCAACUCAACAACUAUUGCACACCGUCAAAAAGCCAUGGAACACAAAUGGCAAGCCUUAUCAGCCAAGUUUGCCCCAAAAUCGAUUUGUAUGUUGCAAGAAUCUUGGAUAUGGAGGCAGAGGAUAGUAGACAAAUAGAUGUGGGAUCAGUUGUAAAAGCGAUCAAUUGGGCUGUCGAUCACAAGGUGGAUAUAAUAUCCAUGAGCUGGACGAUCGAACGAACAGAGGACAACAAGACGGUUUUGGGCGGAGGCCUUGCCACUGCUAUCAGUCGUGCACAUAGUGAGCGUAUCCUGAUGUUCUGUUCCACAGAUGACCAGGGUGGAUUAAGCAAGGACGAUGUCUAUCCAGGAUGUCUUCCAGGUACCUUCAAAAUUGGCGCAGCAAAACCAUCCGGCAAUGAAGGAGAAUGGACCGACAAAGGCUCAUAUUAUACCUUUCCGGGAGAAGAUCUCAAAGUGCACCUACCACCAUACCUGGCAUCGGAUAACGAUAAGCUGGCAUCCGGGAGUUCCCUUGCAACAGCGCUAGCCUCAGGCAUGGCUGCUCUUUUACUAUACUGUGUUCAAAUUGUCCACAACAACCCCAAUACCCCUCCCGAAACUUCCCUCCAAGAUGCUAGAACAUACAAUAACAUGGAUAGAGCCUUUAAACGUAUGACCGAUAAAAACAAGCAGCCAAGAUAUAUCCGAGCCUGGGAACACCUGAAUCCAGAUUUCAAAGAGCUUUCAAAAGCUAAAGGAAUAGAUGAACUAAGAAGGGUUAUGAUGUAUCUUUUCAAGUAAUAUAAUGUGAUGCAAUUAUUCAGUUUCAAGUAUGUGUGGCGGAUCGAGAGAAUUUGUUUUUUUUGUCAUAUUGGAAGCACUAUAUCUAUCGGAUUUUUAUUUAUUCUUAUUCCCUUAUUUCUAUUUUUUUAAAUCUAUUAUAUCAGUUAAGGGUUUCUACUUGCACUCAACGUACUAGUUACAAGGAAGAACUUGAGGGUUAAAC